AUGGAGAAAAAAAUUAUGUUGCAAGAUUUAGAAGCUAUGAUGGAAAAGAAAAAGAACAUUCCUUUCAACCCUAAAGUUCAUUUCACUUUAAAUGUAAUUUUAGCACAAGUUGCUCCACAUUUCUAUACUAAUGAUGAGUUAUUACAAAUUGAAGAAUUGCAUCAACGUGUUUGUCAAGAAAUAAAGUCACCUCUUAUUUUACAAAACACUAUGAAAAAAGAAAUUGGUAAUAAUAAAAAGAAUAGAGGUUGCUCAAGUAAUGAAGGUAGCAUGUGUUCUGAAGAAAGAAGAGUGAAACCAAAGAUCAUGAAGGAAAAAGAAUUACCACAACCACCAAAAUUGCCUAUUCAUGUCAUGAAUAAGAUCACAAAGUUGAAUGGUACUAAAGUAAGAUAUGUUAUGUGCAAGAAGUUGUUUAAAACAGAUCUCAAUAUAAAUAACAAUCGUCUUUCAAUGCCACUUAAAAAAAUCAAAUGUGAUUUUCUCACUUAG